CGACGCACGACGCAGCCGUGGCUCGCAGGAUUGCGUGGACGUUUUUCAUCUUGGUCGCGACACGUGAAGGAAACGGUGGAUUCUGUCUGCUUUCUGACAGUCUUCGCACAGCCGUGACGGAUAGAAGACAUUGGCGAUAUUGGUGGCAUCGGUGACAUUAGCGGAGACUCGAACCACGAUGGUUAACCAAAUCGCUUCUCUCUCGUUUACGGUCGAAAAUAACCGCGGACACAAAGAAGGAAGUGCGGACUUCGAGAAAGCAAUUAAAAUUUGCGGGCACGGAAGGUUUCACUAUGGCUUCCUACUUCUUUGCGGCGCCAUGUUCCUCUGCGUUGGAUGUCAAAACGGCAUUAACGCGUACAUUCUUCCCUCAGCGGAGUGCGACUUGAAACUAUCAUCCGAGCAGAAAGGUCUUCUUAACGUAGCCUUCCUCGUGGGUGGAGUUUUCAGUUCUCUUUUCUGGGGUGUGUUCGCCGACGCCUAUGGCAGAAGAUACAUUCUUCUGUUGACAAUGACGUGCGACGGUAUCUUGGCGAUCGUGGGAAGUCUGUCUCAAAGUUUCGAGGUGCUGUUAAUUUUCAGAGGUCUCAGCGGAUUUUUCAUCGGAGCGCCCGGUUCAUUGGUCUACUCGUAUCUCGGCGAAUUCCACGCAGAGAAACAAAGGGUGAAGACGAUCUGUUACGUUGGAUUUUUUUGGACUCUGUCAUGGUUAAUAUUGCCAGGUUUAGCUUGGCUGAUCAUACCGUUGCCGAUAUCAUUCCAAUUCCAUGGAAUCGAGUACAAUUCUUGGAGGCUCUUCCUAGCCAUUAUUGGAUUUCCAACGUUAAUGGUAACUCUGAUAGCCACACGCUACCCGGAAAGUCCGAAAUUCCUGGUCUCCCAAGGCAGAACAGAGGAAGCGUUGAAGAUUUUGCGGAAAAUCUACGCGAUAAAUACUGGGAAUCACGAGGAUAAUUACCCUGUAAAAAUUGUGUUGCCGGAUGAGACCGUAAAUAUUAAUAGCAAUAAGACGAACUACUUUAAAUCAGGAGUAAUAACAGAGUUACUGAAGAAUAUUUGGAAACAAAUGCGUAGCCUCGCAUCGCCGCCACUUUUGAAAUACGCGCUUUUAACUUGGGCUAUUUAUUUUAUGAACAUGUUCGGGUAUUACGGUUUCGGUCUAUGGCUACCAGAGCUUUUCAAUCGUUUCGAAAAUUACCAAAGUCUUCAUCCAAAUCAAACGACGAGCGUGUGCAGAUUAAUCGACGAAAACGGUCCGAAAGCAGCUUUGACCAGCGUUCUGGUCGAUUCACAGACCGCCGUGGAAGAAUGCAGUCCCCACAUGGACGAAAUGGUUUUCAUUAAUUCGCUGAUUAUCAAUGCGUUUUGCUUGCUUGGUAAUAUCGCGUCUGGUUAUCUGGCGAAUCGUGUCGGUCGACGGACAAUUCCAGUGACAACGAUGCUAUUGGCAGGCAUAUUCGGCUUCGCAAUAUACUUCGUCCAGUCUUCCCUGCAGAUACUUAUAGUGACCUGCGUGUUCUCACUGACAAUAGUCACCGCGAAUUUCGUAAUCGGGAGUAUCGUGGUCGACAUAUUUCCGACGCACGUGGGCGCCGUUGCCAUCUGUAUGAUGACCUUCUUCGGCAGAAUCGGAGCGAUCGCCAGCAAUUUGGCUUUCGGAAUGUUGCUCGACAUUAGCUGCGAAAUACCAAUUUUCUUGGUCGGCAGUCUAGUGAUCCUUGGAGGAUUGUUGGCACUCUUGUUGCCAAGGAGGACGAGCUGAAGGAUUAACAGCAUGAAAGGAAGUAGAGAAAAGUUGCUGUGUCUGUGGCAACGUGUCAUCACAAUUUAAUGAUUGACCAUUCCGUGUCAUUCUCAUCACGUCACCGACAUCUUUCAUCUUAUUAAUCAUCAGAUAGAACGAUCAUCUUUGGAACGAGGGAAACAAUUGACAUUGUUCUCCGUGCUAUUUUAUGUAAAUAGAAUCUGUGCCUAUAUUUUUUUACCUGUAAAAUAUAGUUUGAUCACGUGACAUUAA